AGUACGCCUUCCCAGACCCUGGCGGCGGGCAGAUCCUCGCAAGUAUGGUCACGCCGGGGCUUGUAGUCGGGCUGGUGCUGCAGUCAAUCCUGUGGGCCGACAAAAGUGCAGGUACUGGUUUUCGCUUUGCUUCAUACAUCAGUAAUAACGUGGUACUGCAGAAGGAGCCUGCUGGGGCAGUGAUAUGGGGCUUCGGUACUCCUGGAGCCACAGUGACCGUGACCCUGUGCCAAGGUCAGGAAACCAUCAUGAAGAAAGUGACCAGUGUGAAAGCUCCCUCUAAUAUCUGGAUGGUGGUACUGGAUCCUAUGAAGCCUGGAGGACCUUUUGAAGUGAUGGCACAACAGACUUUGGAGAGAAUAAACUUCACCAUGAGAGUUCAUGAUGUCCUGUUUGGAGAUGUCUGGCUCUGUAGUGGGCAGAGUAACAUGCAGAUGACUGUUUUACAGGUAUUAAAUGCUACAAGGGAGUUGUCGAACACGGCUGCCUACCAGUCUGUCCGCAUCUUCUCCGUCUCCCCCAUUCAAGCAGAGCAGGAGCUGGAGGACCUCGUUGCCGUUGACUUGCAGUGGUCUAAGCCCACUGAAGAAAACUUAGGCCAUGGAAAUUUCACAUAUAUGUCAGCAGUGUGCUGGCUCUUUGGGCGUUACCUGUAUGACACUCUGCAGUAUCCCAUCGGGCUGAUCUCCUCUAGCUGGGGCGGGACAUCCAUUGAAGCCUGGUCAUCUGGACGGUCACUGAAAGCCUGUGGAGUCCCUAAACAAGGAUCAGUUCCAUCUGAUAUGGUAACUGGUCCCAGGAAGCACUCUGUUCUCUGGAAUGCCAUGAUCUAUCCACUCUGCAAAAUGACUCUGAAAGGGGUGGUAUGGUACCAGGGGGAAUCCAAUAUGAAUUAUAACACGGAUCUGUACAACUGCACAUUCCCUGCACUCAUUGAAGACUGGCGCCAGACCUUCCACCAUGGUUCCCAGGGGCAGACGGAGCAGCUUUUUCCAUUUGGAUUUGUCCAGUUAUCUUCAUAUUUGUCUAAGAUACGCUCAGAUGGUUUUCCCCAGAUCCGUUGGCAUCAAACAGCAGACUUCGGCUACGUCCCCAACCCAAAGAUGCCCAAUACUUUCAUGGCCGUAGCUAUGGAUCUCUGUGAUAGAGACUCGCCUUUUGGCAGCAUCCACCCUCGAGAUAAACAGACUGUGGCCUAUCGGCUGCACCUGGGAGCCCGUGCUCUGGCUUAUGGUGAGAAGAAUUUGAACUUUCAAGGACCACUGCCUGAGAAGACAGAACUCUUGGCUCACAAAGGGCUGCUCAACGUCACAUAUUACCAGGAAAUCCAGGUGCAGAAAAGGGACAACAAGAUAUUUGAGAUCUCCUGCUGCAGUGACCAUCAAUGCAAGUGGCUUCCAGCUUCCAUGAACACCUUCUCCACCCAGAGCCUGACCCUGACAAUCAAUUCUUGUCAUGGCAUUGUGGUUGCUCUCCGCUAUGCCUGGACCACAUGGCCUUGUGAAUAUAAGCAGUGUCCCCUGUAUCACCCCAGCAAUGCCCUGCCAGCCCCUCCCUUCAUUGCUUUCAUUACAGACUAGGUUCC